UAAGUAUUGAGACUUUCAUGCAGACUUUACACUGAGAGAGCAGACUCGGAUUCCUUCUCUCUCUCCCUCGACCGACGAAAAAACAUAAAAAACUUGUAAUAUUCUUCUUCACCACUCAGGAUAUCUUCUUUCAAGAGAGAGAGUGUAAUACCUAUUGGCUGGCAAUCGCGGUGGCAGUAUGACCAUCAGCCUAUACAUUGCUGGAUGAUAACAUUUCCUCACUCAGUCGCCCAUGUAAAAGGGGCAGCAAGCUUGGAAUUGCUGCUGAAUCAAAUAAAUGCAGAAACGUCCAUCUGAAUCCGAGUGUGCAUUGGUCAUCCACAACGCGACGACGACUGAUAACAAACGGUGCGCUCAUUAAGAGGAGGUUUGCUCCAAGGAUUGGGUUGUCAGUCGGACAGAGAGUGCAAAAUCACACAAUGGUUCCCAUCACCAAGUGCUUGCUGGGCUUGAAUCAUGGAGUUGGACAGAAUUGUUGGGAGUCAAACUCAAAAUAUUAUGAUUAUUAUCCACACGAUAACCCAACUCCAGUUUCAGAAUGAGGAGGAAUUGUUGUAAAGUGUACAACUGGAAGGUCAGGGUUCGGUCGUGGUGUGCAAUUGAGACUCAAUUUACGGAACUUCAUGUCGCCUGUUCUCAUCAGUGCUCUCGUCGUCAAAGUCAAAGUGUGACCUGCUCUGGUUUUCUUACGAAGAAGAAGCAAAUAAGUUCUUAGCAAAACAAUGUAAUACAUUUUGUGUUCAUUAUUUAGCAGUCAGCAGAGUCAGUCGUGUGCUUACUUGUAUAAAUAAUUGGACCCUUGCGUAUCAUCAUAUUUGACAAGUUGGACUUGGACAUUGUUUUUGAGCAAAUACAACUUCAUACUUCAUACACAAUUGAACACUUCUGACUCGAAAUCAUUGUAAAAACACGAGUGCUUUACGUUAAGUUUGAUGGCCAGCUUAAAAUUUCUGGAAACUUUAACUGAAUUGAAUAACUAAUUUAUUAUUUGACUGUUCUUCUCCCCACCAAAAAAAAAGUCAGUCCGUCAAAAGUAUUAAUAGAGUUCUCAUUAUUUAAUGUUUAACGCAGCGUGAGUAAAGAAAUUUAUCAUCGUCGUCGUCACUCUUUAUUUCCAGACUUACAAUUUAUCCGCUAUAUUUUAACAUUUACCAAGAUUACUACAACUCUUCCCAACAAGCAGCUCCUACCCAAAAGGAGACAAGAAGAAUAAGAAGAUCAGUGUAAAUUACACUGUGUAAUACAUAUUAUUUGUACGAACAAACACGUCACAUUAUUCGAUGAAGCUUUUAAUCAUCAGUUCAAUUCUAACAUUCUAACUGCUUGAAGAACGUCUUGGAAAUUUAGCAUUGCUGUGACAUCAGCAUUCCUCCACCAAACUUGCUGUUCUCUCCUCUCGACUGGUCACUGCUUGAGGUAAUUCCAGACAUGCACGCAGCAGGAGCGGGAGACAAAGCAGCAGAGAUAUGAGCAACGUAAAUACGUAAAGUGGGAGACAGUACAGUCCCGAUGACCGCUCGUCCCGUCAAGUAAAUUGCUCGAUAAAAUCCUCAAAAUCGGGAAUCGAGGGACGUGUAAGAAGACAAGCAGCACAAAUCAUACACACAUAAAAAAUCUGUUCCUUGGUGCAUUUCAACAUUGGGACUGGUAACUCAUGGGACGUCGAAAAGCAACAACUACGGACACGACUCAUAAUGCUCGCGACACGGAAGUUGAAACCCGUCGAGGGAGAGGUCGUGGGGGUGGUGGUCGUGGAGUCCAACGAAGAGGCGGAAGUAUUGGAACUCGUGGUGGAGGACGACGACAAAGUCCAACGACGACGACUCCACCCCUCGCAGAGAACAAAGCGAGUCACACCACCACCAUGACUGCCGACGUGGGAGCAGAACAGACGCCAAAUGUGAACGUGGUCGGUGGUGCCGUCGGAGGAGGAGGAUCAGCUCAUGGCAAGACAUUGAGGACGACAGAAGGGACGACAAAUUCUGCAUGUGAUAAGGAUGAGAUGAGCCAGCAAUCAACAAGUGGUGCAAGUGGUAAUAAUUCUGGAGCAAACAAGUCGAGGACGAAUGACACUAAUAAAAUUGACUCUCCCGAUAAGGAUGGUCCAGAAGUUGUCCACAAAUCAGUGUCAUCCAACGAGUCUUUCAAGCUUCGGCUUCCAAAGAAAAGAAAAUUUGAUUUGUCCGAUUUUGAAACUCCGUCAUUGCCAGAAUGCAACAAAAUUACGGUCACCUCCACCCCUGAGAAGCCAGACAUUGCCACCCCACAUAAUUUUAAUUCCCAAUCCCACUUGAACUCGUCAUCAGUCUCCUUCUACGAUAACCAGACAACUGCUGCUGCUGGUGUGGAAGUUCAGGAUGGCAGCAAUACUGGUGCUCCUACUUCAGCAAUAAUAAUGCCAUCAGACUCGAUCAUUAACAAUCCGAACGGCAACAGUGUAUCGGGUCAUCAUCAUCAUCACCAUCAUCAUCAGCGAAAUCAUGACAAUCGACAUUCACCACCACAACCCUCGUUUCAAACUUCCUCCACCGUUCCGACGAUUCAUCCGGCCGAUAUGCGAAACAUAUUACCUCAACAGCAGCAACAGCAACAUCAUCACAGUCACAGUUCGUCUAUGCAUAGUAUUCAAAAUAUGUCCAGCAUACAACAGCACACCUCCCAUUCAAAUUCACACAUUGUUUCCUCACCGAGUCGCCACCCUUCCCACACGCUAAGCAUACCUGAAUUACAAGGUCUGGCAUCCAAAGCUCUAAUUAACCCACAACUGGACACCCAUCUUGGCCAACUUACUCCUACAACCGUUGGAGGAGGAGGAGGAACGAUGUUAAAGCCUGGAGGAAAUUACUCGCCUUCCGUUCAGCCUUCAUCAGAGUCGUCUUCUAAUAAUAAAGCCGUUGUAUAUGGUGCGUAUGGCUCCAACCCAAACAGGGGAAAUGUCCACAUGUCCCCAAUUUAUUCCAAUACCGGAAGCAGCCGAGAUGCAUCUCCCUUAUCAUCUUCGUACUCAAUUAACCAACAACAACACCAAUAUCCAUCAUCUUCCCAGUCCGAGCAACCCAUGGAUUUGGGAUGCAGAUCAACAAACCAGCAAGCGGCUCACCUAGGUCACUCCUCUGAACCUUUAUACAGUACAAGCAUGACGCACAUGACCCAACACCAACAGCAGACGACUAUUGUUAACUAUACAAGCAGAUCGCCAUCCCCGUCUUACAGAAUUCAGCACCAGCAUCAAAAUCAUAAUAAACCUAGCGGUAGUGACCCUUCUUCUCAAUCAGCGCAUAAUAGAUCCACCCAGUCCUCGGUCAACACUUCUCAAUCUUCUCAUCACCAACAGCAGUAUCCGGCAUCAUACCGGGGAAUAGUCCAAUCGUCAAAGCAGGUCUCAUCCAUGCAUCCCUAUAGAAUGGGUGCAACUUCAGAACACGAAGGACUGAACUUGGUCGUAGAACGGACAAAGUCACCCACGGAGUACUCAUCCGUCUAUUCCCAAUCUUCUUUGCCGAGUGCAGCAACUCAAUCAAACCCAAUUUCAAUAUCAACCACUCCUGCAGAAGUGACGUUUGCAAAAAUUGCUCCACUUCUGAGUCAAGGGAUGAUGCAACAACAACAACAUCAUCAGUCACAUUCUCAUCCUGUCGUCGUGGGGUCCAGUCAACAAUCUCAUGUUGGUAGCGGGAGGCUAUUGAUGGCAGCUCCGUCUCAUCAUCAGCAGCACAAGGAACAAGGUCACGAUGCACUUACCAGAUCUUCUCCUGCUGCUCCUCCAGCUCAUCAUCAACCCUCCUCAGUCAUUUCUGGUCCUGGCUCAGAUAGGGUAACAAUCGAGAUCCGUGACAACAGAGAUUUUCGAACAUUGUCCAGGUCCAAUUCUGUGGAUGUUUCUCGAGAAGAUGUAAUUACAACGGAAGUUCGAGGAGAUGAAGCCCAGUCGUUGCCCAUCUCUGCGUAUGCACCAAAAUAUGAGUUCCAGACAGUUUUACAGACUUCAAAGUUGGAAGAACCAAAAUCUAGCGAGCAUUCCUGGAGAGACGGUGGAAAUAAUACUAUCACCAACAAUAAUAAUAAGAACGAGAGCAAUGUCCAAAGAGCUGACAUCAAGCCGCCCACGGUGGUCAACCCUCCCCCAUUGGACCUUCGAGAGUGGAAAGGUCAUCGAGUUCUGGCCAAGCGAGCAAACUUUUAUAUGCCAGGUGUCAUCACUGGUGUCAGCGGUCAUUCAACGAUUACCGUUCUCUUUGACAGAGACAACGAAAGCAUGUCUUACACGGACGUCAUACUUUCCAGAACUUCUUUCUAUGAUAUCGUAUCAGACGCCAGUCCAGCUCCUGCUCAGGUGACAGUGGGGUGUCAGGUUUGUGUUAGAACCAGCACCGACAGCAGUUUAUUUGUUGAAGGAGCAGUAUCUCGCAUAAGUGGAUGGCCCCCUCAGUACGUGGUUCACGUGGCUUUGGAGAACAAGGAUUACACGGUGGCAAGGCCGAAUUUGCGCCUCAUGCUGCCACCAUGGUGGGAUGAACUCAAAGCUAUAGAAUCGAUUUAUGCUCUACCACACAAUCCACCACCACAAGUGUCUGACAAUCGGGAAUCUGCUCAUGGUGGAGGUGUUGUCGUGGUUGGGACAUCGUCGUCGUCGUCCUCGUCACGGCAGCAAUCAAAUGGCCCGUCACCUAUUUCCAACUCCAACCACAGUUGUAGUGACGAUAGAAAACGCCAAACGGAGUACGAGUUCUGCGAAAGUGACGACGACUUGCACCGUGAAGAUAUUCAUUUCAAUGAGGUCGGAGCAACGAUUGGGGGUCGUGGAGGAUGCGGUUCUUUGACUCCAGGCACUCAACUGGGCAGCAGCAAAUGUUCUAGUGUUCAGAGCCAUGUCAGUUCUGGCAGUUUGAUUGGAGAACGAGGAACUCCACGAAGUCAGGCAACUACUCCAAGAUCACAGAAUGGGACACCUCAAAGUCACAAGUACAAGAAAGGAGACGUUGUGUCUACACCUACCGGAAUUCGCAAGAAAUUUAAUGGGAAGCAAUGGAGGCGACUUUGUUCUCGAGAAAGCUGUACCAAAGAAUCGCAAAGAAGAGGCUACUGCUCAAGGCAUUUAGGAAUGAAAGGAAAACCAGGGUCACACCAUACCAGCUCUUCAUCGUCUUUGAGAUCUAAAUCCAAAGAGAGCGAGGCUGACGAAGCGAGCUCGAGGGACUCUGGAACAUCUCCGAGCAGCUUAAGAGAUGUACGUUACGCCGGACGCUUUGAUGCGGAUGAAACCGAGGCAGCUACAAUGUUGGUCUCCUUGUCCCGGUCCACCUCCCCGUCCUUCUCACCUCCCUCAUCUCAGAAAAGUGGGUGCAACUCCCCACGAGUUCUACAGUCACCAUUAACCGUUGGAUCGAGACACAACCUUUUCAUGCCAAUUGCAGGAGCAAAUAUGUCUCCAGUCCCACACACGUCACCUCCAUCCUGGCAGAACAAACCGGCUGUUGAAGCAAUUGUCUCCAUCAGCAGUCUGGUCACCUCUGAUCGGUCUCAGUCCGUUAUUCGACCCGAAAUUGUUCGUCCCAAGUUGAGUGUCAUUCAAAUGAGUCCACUCGUAUCCUCUGCGACGUCGACCACUUGUUCUGCUCCAAGUUAUGUGGUUCACGCCACCAGUGGAUUGAAAACUUCAACAAUAGAAAAUCAAUCUGCUGGUUCACGAGGGGGCACAUUCAUCACGCCAAACAACAGUAGCAACAACAGCAGCAACGCACAUCACCACAUUGGGAUUGUGAUUGCCAACAGUGCUAACAUUAAUCACGUCGUCACUUCUGACUCUGGAAAUACUUCGUCAGUAAUAAAAGAAAUCAAGCAAGAAAAUUCUUCUGGGGACGUUCACGAAGGAAAUAGCGGAGUUCGUGGUGGUGGUGGUGGGAUGAUCACUCCACUAGCUCCACCCCCUCUGACCCUGAUGAAAGGUCCCAUGACACUUACUCCACUCGUGAUGCAAAACACUCACCCGAAUUCCAAGGGACAUCAAGUGCAAAUAAGCCCAAUGUCCAGGUACCAAGUAAUACCUCUCACAACAAUGUCAACUUCCAAUUCGGGGACACAGAUUGUGCUAGCUCAUCCAAUUUCUACAAUGGGACAACAUACGACUUACCAACAAACUCGUCAAAUUAUUACGACUACCAGCAGCGGUGGUGGUGGUGGUGGCGGCAUGGCACCGACGACAAGUGGUGGUGGGCAGACUCCAACCACCACUGUUGUAAUGACGGGUGUGCCCGGGAGUACUCCCAUCACCUUUAAAAAGACCAUUGUCCCAGUGCUAACUCAUAGGAAUGAAGUCUUGUCUAUUGAAAAUAGUCACCAACACUCCAACACUGCAGAAGACAAGUCGGAUGGGACUGAUUUGAAAAGCAAAGCUACAGAGAUGACCAGUAAGCAGCAUGUGCCAAACGGUGGAGUCAGCUUUAAUGGGAUCCCUAUCAUCAAUCCCUCAUCUCCCCCUCAGUUGAUAAUUCCCGAACAUUCGUCCAUGGAAGACGGAGGGGGCAUGGUCAUGGUUCGACCCAAACUGGAUUCUCUACAAACUAAUUUCAUUCACUUGGUGGAUGGCCGCAAGGGAGCGAUCGUGAGCAGCAACACGUCGGGCAGUCACACAAAUACCAUUGUCAUCACCACGUCUGGAAAUCAUCUCCAACCUACUCAACUGCUCCCCGUCAUUCCUGCCGUGACCGCAUCCGAUGGUGGGCAAAACAUAGGAAAUGAAUCCGAAAGCAAUCCAAAAGUGUAUCCUUGGCAAGCUCUGUUGCCCUUUCUGACACCGACACCCUCACCGCCCCAGCAGCACUGUUCCAAUGGAACCCCAGAAUCUCCGUCGUCCAAGGAUGGAUCUACAUCCACCUUGAUUCUACCGUCCCAUGAUCCAGACUUGGGGUUGCCUGACAUUGGCGAUGACGACGACGACGUUUUUGUAGUAGGAGUGUCGGAAGAAAUGACAAAAUUGAAUGGGGCUAAUAAACGACGAGCAUUGAGUCUGCCUGCUUCAAAGCAUGACGAUUGCAAGGAACCGGAAAGGGUACGAAGACCAAUGAAUGCCUUCAUGAUCUUCAGCAAGCGUCAUCGCGCCCUUGUCCAUCAGCGACAUCCAAAUCAAGACAAUAGAACCGUGUCCAAAAUUCUUGGAGAAUGGUGGUACCAGCUGGGACCUGAUGAAAAGCAGAAAUAUCACGCCCUUGCGUCGGAAGUGAAGGAGGCCCACUUCAAAGCAAAUCCAGGUUGGAAAUGGUGCAGCCGGGACAGGAGAAAGUCCUCCAGCGGCACUGGCCCACCAGGCUUGGAUAUUGGCAAGAAAGGAAGAUCCAGUUCCACUGAGGAUGGUCCAUUUGGAGCACGACCCCCCGGCGUUGCAGAAGUCCCUGGCAGUAGUUCCGUAGAGUCCGGAAUAGGAAGUGGAACCACGGGUGGAGAGGUGCAUAAAAGUAGUGAUUUUUCAGACGAAGAAGAUCGAAUGGUAAUUUGUGACGAUAUUGAUCUUGUCUGUAAGGAAAAGGUGUUGGAGGAUUGUGAAUCUGACUUUGAAUCCGAGAAGGCUCAUCCAACUCCAGCAGCUUCUAAACCAAACACCCAUUUUAAAUCACAAAUUGGACCGUCUACUUCAACUUCCAUCAUUUUGACAAAUUCUACUCCAAUAUCAAUUGUCACACCUACCAACACCAUCAACAAGCCAAAACCAAUUAGACUUCCUUCCGAUCCCACGCCUGUUAGUGGUCAAUGGUCAUCCAUUUCUCCAUCCGUUCCAAAGUUAGUAUUUCAACCUACCGGUAGUGCAUUCCGAUCUAUGCCGAGCCCAAAAGAGCCUCUGAAGGGUCCCGAUGGAGACGAUAAACCGACCAAAAGUCCGGCUCCCGGUCCAACGCAUCUCGUCACAUUCACGUCGUCCGCUGGUGCACCCACCCAGACACUUUUAGUUCGACCAACAUUUACUAUUGGAAGUAACAAUAAGACAGCUUACCUGACUUUACUCAAGCCGGUUGAAACUUCCCCGUCUACAACUGUUCCUACAAUCGUGUCCCAGGAUAAAAUAACUAUUCCGAGUAUCUCAGUGACUGAACCUAUCACUGUUAGCCAGGGAUCUGGAGGAACCGAGGCCAAACCGUUGUUCGUAUUAGCUCCAACACCAGCACAACUAGGAAAAGCACCACUACAGCGGCGUCAGUCACAAAGCAGUUUGACACUAUCAAUGUCCUCUGCUAGCGAACUGAUGGAUGUUGACAUAAAGCAAGAAAGCUCAGAAGAUGUGACACGGGGUGAUGCUAUGGAAGAAGAAGACAACCCCCCUGCAAAAUCAGAACAUGAAACUGUACAGAUUACAAUAGAACAUGUAGAACCAGAAAUGAAUCCUUCUACUCCUUGUACACAAGAGACGGAAAAACAUGAGAAUGAAGAAUGUCAUGAGACGUCUAUCUUAAAACCUUUCUUUAAGAAAAACGUUGAAGAUGGGAUGGAAAAAGUUUUGGAGCAAGUUCAUUUCUCGCAAAAGUUCUCCAGUCUCCCCCAAUUCAAGCCGGAUGAUUGUCAGUCUCCAAAUACUCUUUCUUUGCCCUCUAGUCCUAGAGUUAUACUCAACAGCUUUAGGAGGACGGACAGCUCAUUUAGGAAGAAAAGGAUGCCUUCCGCGAAUGAUGGAGAGCUUUACCAACAACAAAUGACGGGCUCUGAGCACAUGUCGCAUGUAGACUGUGCCUCAGCUCCUGUAAAACUUACUGGGUCUACAUUUUUUGGUCCAGACUUUAACUUGGAAGCAUUUAAACAUGACAAUCCUGGAGGAGUUUCUUCCAAGACAACUUUGACAAAACCUGGUACGAGCGAUGAUUACAAUAUACCCUCAUCGCCAAUGAUGUCAGGUCCAUGUCCUGGCCCCCUAAGCGCUAGUUUCUCUUCUUUGAGGUCACCAAGGACUCCGAAAACUCCUGCGAGUCUUAACAGAAGUCUGGAUUGUGGAAUGGAAAAAGGUCAUAGAAAGGUGCUAGAACAAAGAAGGCAACUCGUCGUUCAAUUAUUUGAGGAGAAUGGAACCUUAUUCCCCACCACACAAGCCACGUCAUCCUUUCAGACCCAGCACGCGAAUGUAUUUCCAAACAAAGCUUGUCUACAACUUAAGAUUCGUGAAGUGAGGCAGAAACUCAUGUCAACUAAUCAAUCAGGGCAUUUGGGGUCGGCAAAUCAAAGCCCCGUCACCCCAAGCGCCACACAAGAAUCUACAGGAAUUUUUGACCUUCCUUUGACUCCUGCCACUCCAGUUGACGCUGAAAUGCCCUCUUCAUCUACACAGCUACAUCAUCCUCCUCCAAAUUGUCCCACGUCAGCACCUACGACACAAGAAUCCUCUUAAAAUAUUUAUUAUAUACGUGUUAAGAAACCUAUGUAAGAGUCUAAUACGAAUUGGUUGUCGACUGACAAGUCCAACCAAACCAAUCACAUACAAUAAGUUACCCGGUGUAUUGAAAAUGAUGAUAAGCAGUGUUGACUAUGUGACUCGUGUUGUUGACUUGUUAUUCUGACACGCUCUUCACAUAAUAUUACGCACUUAGCUAUACACUCUUCCCGAAUUGGAUUGACCAGAAUGCAAAGUCUUUUUUUAAUUCUCAAAUGUUGCAUUCAAAAAGUACAAAUGUUUUCGGUAAAAAAGAGGAUGAAAUGGAAAUGUAAGAUUGUACGUAUAAUCACAAUACAAAUGAAAUGGAGCUGAUGGAUAGAUCUCGAUAAGAGCUAUAGAUUUCUCUAAAUGUAUUUUGAUAAGAGCCAAACCCAAAUAACGUAUAUAUAAAUAUAGUAUAAAUAUAUUGUACUUAAAGGUCUUUUCGUCAGUGAACCUAUUAACGCUUCACAUAUGAUUUCGUAUGAUUGAGGACGGGAGGGAGGAGUGUUCUUCAAUAGAUAAUUAAUCUAUGACGGGGCCGACAGGAAUUUAGUUUACGUUUGUUUUUUGUAUGUAUACAAAUAUCUAUUUCCAACAAAUUAAUAGAAGAUUAUGAGGACGAGUUGUAUCUCUGAUUCUUGCAAAAAAUCAAUUCCUGUAUUAUUCUGCAUGAUGAACAGUCUUUCUUAACUAUUUCCUGAUAGAAACAUGGUAUUCCGGAGAGAGUAGGCACGACGACACUAUACGUUCUCUUCUAUAACGCCAUACAGCCUCCACCGUAUGUAGCUCUAAUGAAACUUGACUUGGAGAACAUUAUAUUUUUAGGGUAUUUUAUAAAGUGCAAUUUUAUAAGGAUGCCAAAGGAUAAUACAGAGUCGGAUUAAUUGUUGAAAUUUGUGUAAUGGUGGUAAAAUGCAAUUAUUAUUAUAUAUUUAUGGUGACGACUCCGUCAACGGACGACGAUACGGUUUAUAAUAAUUGUACAUACGUAACGUAUAGUAAUAUGUCUUUUACUAUUGAUAGCAAUAUAAUCAAAAAUAACAGCGUAUUCUCUUGUACUCUUCACUAUCCUUUCCAAUGCAAUACGUUCUACGAACCAUUGCAUUUUCCAGACGCUGAUUUGGAACCAAUCAGUAAUGACAGCUUGUUGUUGUCAUUGUUUUUUAUAGUCGUCAGUCUCAAGUGGCAUUUGUUAACUCAUUAGUAUCGUCAGCCUUCUUUAUUGCCGUCGGAAUCAAAGCCAGACUAAUUAGAGGAGGUUAUAUAUUUGUUCAUCAUGUGUACUGUUCUCUGCAAAAAUUUGACUUUAUGCAAAUAAGUUGGUUAGAGUAGAUUUUAUUUAGCUCCAGAAACUAAAUAGCGAUAAUUGAUAUGGUGGUAAUAGCAGCUUUAUUAUUAUAAAAAUGUCUCUUCACUUCACAUACUGCCCCUCAAAACUAAUUGUGAACUGCGUAGGUAUACAUAGAUCGUAAGGCAUAAGGCUAACUUGGUAGAACUAACGCAAUCAAUACGGGACUCUGUAUCUCUUUGAUUACACAAUGUGCUAUAGCAUGGAUAAAAAUAUACUAUUAUUACAAUUUUAAAACUGUAAUGUGACUUAAACCUACAAUCUCAUAUGUUUAAGUACAAUUGCAAAUACUUACGUUGUUUCUAUUAAUUACUUUACGGUUGGUUGUCCUCUCAUGGAGUUUUCUGCUAUGAAAUAUAUUUAUGCUGAUUAUAUAUGACCAGUGUGAAACAUUACCAAAUGUUGUCAUACCCGGAAUUAAUUAUUUUACAUGUACUGUCAGUUCCUACCAUUUUAAUUGAGGUAGGAAAUUCGGGCACAAAUGUAAGUGAACUCUAUAUAUUUAACUAUAUUAUUCAAUUGACAAUGAUCGAAUGAAGCAAUUUACUUUGUUUAAUUGCAAUUUGGAAAUGAAUAAACAGAAACAUACUGCACAAGAA